GGCGGAGGGACCCUCCCGCUCCCUCCCCAGCGCACAGGAAGUGGUGCUGCGGCUCCGCGGCCGGGCCCGCCCGACUGUCUCAAGAAGACCUUCCUACAUCAUUACCUCAUGGAAGACAACUGAACAUAGUGAUGUUUCUUUCUCCCACUAGCCACACUGAAAGGAAUACAAAGAUUUGGCUGCCUGUGCUCUGUUAGAGACCACAUUGCAUCCUUGAAGAUCAGCUGGAGGUGUUUUGACUUCAUUUUGCUGACUCAAGUCGCAGAUUCCAAGGAAAGGAGGGGAAGGGGAAUAAAACACUGAAGUGCCAGAGGAAAAGCCAAAUCAGCCAAUGAAAAUUACUGUUACUGAAGUGCCCACUGCUCUCACUUACAUAUAGUGGGGGGGAAAAUUGCUGCUGAUUCAAAGCUUCUAAAAUGACUUGUGCAGACUUUUCUCUCUGAACUUGAAAUAGUCUAAGAUUCUUCAACCAGAGUUCAAUUAGGAAAUGGAAAUAUGACUUCUUGCUGGUGUCUUCCAUCUUCCUUCCCCUCUGCAAGGUUUCUUGUUUGGGAUAGGAAAUCGUGAACAAAUUGUAUGGCGUCGGCCAAGCUUCGAGCUGAUGGUUAUGGAUAAAUCAGGAGCUUGGAUUUAUGUCCCUGCAAUGACACCUGAUCAAGGCAAAGGUUGAGAACUACUCAUAAGCUACUUUGUCAAAACUUCUAGGAAAUACUAUGGUCAUAUUUUCUCUAAAGUUUGAACUCUAGGGUAAUGUUCCCUGGAAGGCAGGAGCAGCUAAGUGAUCUUUUUGGAUUGGAAACAGAAAUAUUAUGAGAAUGCCCAGAAGAGGCUUUGUAAUUCAAGCCAGGACUCGUUGGCUUUUAGUGGGCCUUGCUCUACUGUUCAGUUUAGUCUUGCUCAUGUAUUUGCUCGAGUGUGCUCCCCAAACUGAUAGUAAUGGAUCUCUGCCUGGUGUUGUAGGUGACAGCAUGGGCAAAGAAUACUACCAGGCUCUCUUGCAGGAACAGGAAGAGCAUUACCAAAACCGAGCCACCAGUCUGAAACGUCAGAUUGCCCAGUUAAAGCAAGAGCUUCAGGAAAUGAGUGAUAAAUUGAAAUCCCUGCAGGAAAAAAAGAGCCCUAAGGUCAAUGGUGUGAACUACCAGGGCACCAAAGAACAAGCAUCCAGUGACCUCCUAGAGUUUCUCCAUUCCCAGAUUGAUAAAGCUGAGGUGAGCGUGGGGGCCAAGCUGCCAAGUGAAUAUGGAGUCAUUCCUUUUGAAAGCUUUACAUCCAUGAAAGUAUUCCAGCUGGAGAUGGGGCUCACUCGGCAUCCAGAAGAGAAACCUGUUAGGAAGGACAAACGAGAUGAAUUGGUGGAAGUUAUUGAGGCUGGCCUGGAAGUUAUUAAUAAUCCAGAUGAAGAAGAUGGACAAGAUGAAGAUGAUGGAGUAGGAGAGAAACAGCUGUAUGGUGACAGUGAUUUCAUAGAAGGUUACUAUCGUACAGAAAGAGAUAAAGGGACACAGUAUGAGCUGUUUUAUAAGAAGAUGGAUGGUAUGGAAUACAGGCAUGUCACCUUGUUCAGACCUUUUGGACCCCUCAUGAAAGUGAAGAGUGAAACGGUCGAUAUUUCUAGAUCAAUGAUUAACAUUAUUGUCCCUCUUGCUGGAAGAACUGAGGCAUUUGCACAGUUUAUGCAAAACUUUAGGGAUGUAUGUAUCCAUCAGGAUAAACGUGUUCACCUCACAGUGGUAUAUUUUGGACAAGAUGGGCUAUCAGAAGUAAAAAGCAUCCUAGAGUCUGUAGCCAGAGAAACUAAUUUCCACAAUUCCACACUCGUCUCGCUGAACGAGGAGUUUAACCGAGGCCGGGGACUUGACAUGGGUGCCAGAGCCUGGGAAAAAGGGGAGGUCUUGAUGUUCUUCUGUGAUGUUGAUGUUUAUUUCACAGCAGAGUUCCUCAACAGCUGUCGCUUAAAUGCUGAGCCUGGGAAAAAGGUUUUUUAUCCUGUGGUAUUCAGCCUUUAUAAUCCUGCUAUUGUCUAUGCCAACCAAGAUCUACCACCCCCUGUGGAGCAACAAUUGGUGCACAAGAAGGAUUCUGGUUUCUGGCGGGAUUUUGGCUUCGGUAUGACCUGUCAGUAUCGAACAGACUUUCUGACUGUGGGGGGUUUUGACUUGGAAGUGAAAGGCUGGGGUGGUGAGGACGUUCACCUUUACAGAAAGUACUUGCACGGUGACCUUAUUGUCAUCAGGACACCUGUUCCUGGUCUCUUUCACCUCUGGCACGAGAAGCACUGUGCGGACGAGCUGACUCCGGAGCAGUACCGCAUGUGCAUCCAGUCCAAAGCCAUGAACGAGGCCUCUCACUCACACCUUGGGAUGCUGGUCUUCAGGGAGGAGAUUGAGACUCACCUCCGUAAGCAGGCUUACAGGACUAACAGUGAAGCAGUGGGUUAAAUGUCACACACACACCACCACCACCACCCCCCCCAUGAUGUUUUUUGACUUCAAAUUCCCAGCGAACCAGCACCAUUUUUACAGCCUUAAUUCCACGUCAAAAUGCAGUGCCUCUCUUUUUCAGUGAAGAAGAGUUUAGGGGAGGGUUUGGUUCUUGUAUUUGUUUUCCAAGUAAUUCCUGACUGAUAUGCUAUUACCUACGUUAUCCUGCAAGUUCAAGCACCUCAAAUAAAUUGGGAAGUGUGUGUAGUUCAAGAAAAGUGUCUUCAGUAUUGACUGAAAAAAAUCAGUGGAACAGAAAACUCAACAACUUUUCCACAUGGUACAUUUCAGUUCUUAUAUUUGCAUUCUUUUAAGAGUCAAUAAUAAAUAAUCUUUUGUGUUGUCUUGAGUAAUUUCAGUCUGUAUGGUUCACUGAGAAGUUAGAAGGAUACUCCACUUACACUCCUUUCAGUGUAGAACCAGCAGAAAAGUGUGAAAAAGAAUCUCAUGAUGAAAGUUGUAUGGGAUGCAGCUGUUCAAUUGCUGAUUUCACAGCCUGUGUUAAGAGACAUUCAUACAGUUGAAUAUAGAACAAUUCAUGUGAGGUUGGGGGAUGAAAACCCUUUUUCAGCAGAACUUCAGAGCAUAUAAUGAAAUUACACACUGCAAAAGAGACACCACUUUCUUGUCUCGGUAAUGGAUCAAGUUGGGAAUGUUCCAGCUGGGCAUUUUUGGGUCUGGUCUUUUCCCAGAGUAGAUGCCACAUCACAGAAUCCCUUCUAUAAACUGAGCUGUGCUAUUAAGCUCAUUUGUUUGAAGAUUAUUUUUUUGCCCCACUUUAUUUAAAAUCCCUGCCUGUACAUCUCAUUAUUUAAGCUGAGGAGUCAUCUUUUUAUUCCCAUAUACACUUAUGAGAGGCCCAUUUGCUAUUGUGCCAAUAUUGUCCUUUUGCAUUCUUUUUCUGGCAUUUUCUUGACAUGCUCUUGGGAGGCAGUUUUAUGCCUUUAGCUGUCCCAGUGACUGAAAAAAAAAAAGUGCUAUUACAGUCUUUAUCAUACACUGUCCACUCCACUUGUUAGCCUAACAGCCUUAUUCUUCACUUACUUAUUUUGAGGGCAUUUUUUGGUUUUUGGGUUUCUUUCUCUAGUUUGGUGGGGGUUUUUUGUUUGCUUGUUUGUUUUUUAAAGCAUGCAUAAGCAGAAUUUUGCUGGUGUCUCAGUGCCUUGUACAGUGGCACUACUACUUCACUACUUCCCUUUUGGAUAUUUUGGGAUGCAUAAACAGUUUAAAUGCAGGCAGGUCAUUUUUUUUCCCAUGUUGUCUUACAUGCUACCAUAUGGCAUGCCUCAUUUUUUUAAUACAUUUGUUUAUAAAAUGAUUGCUGAGAAUGCUAAUUCAGUGAUUUAACCAUUUGGUCAUGGUAUCCACUGAAUUUAGACAUUAGAUGAAAACCCUUCUCCAACCAGGGGAUCAAGAUUUGUUUAUGAGUUUAGUCUGCUUCCAGAAUUCUCAAAGCAACUAAAGAUUUAAGUGGUUGAUUUCUGAAGAGCAGACAUGCUGCACAGAGAGUUCUGGGCACUGAUCCUUUUUAUAUGUACAUAAAAUUUGCCUUUAUGUAACUUAUUGUGGAGAACAGUGAACUGUAUUGUACUUAGAAUGAAGAGAAUGCAGUGCAAGACUUCUUGCAAUUAAUGUUCUCAAUAUAAUAAAUUGAAUUUCUGCAUUUUA